AUGGCGCAGAACAGGCAUUGGGAACAGGACAAAGAUGCGACCAUCUACAUCGGAAACAUCGACGAGCGCGCGAGCCCGGCGAUGGUUUACGAGAUAAUGCUCCAGAUGGGCCCCAUUCACAACAUCCACAUGCCCCGCGAUCGCGUCACCCAGAAUCAUCAAGGUUUCGGUUUCGUCGAGUUUCGCACCCCCGGAGACGCAGAGUACGCCGCGAACGUGAUGAACGGUAUCAAGCUAUAUGGCAAAUCGCUGCGCGUCAACAAAGCCAGUGCCGAUAAGCAAAAGCAGGCAGAAGUUGGCGCCGAGCUUUUCGUUGGUAACUUGGAUCCUAUGGUCGACGAAAAGAUUCUGUACGACACGUUCUCGCGCUUUGGACCGCUGGUCAGCCUGCCGAAGGUUGCCAGGGAAGACAGUGGCAACUCCAAGGGUUUCGGUUUUAUUUCGUACGCCGACUUCGAGAGCUCCGAUGCAGCUAUAGCAAACUUGCACGGACAAUACAUUGCCAGCAAGGAAGUCUCGGUUCAAUAUGCAUUCAAGAAGGACGGAAAGGGCGAGAGGCAUGGUGAUGCAGCGGAGCGUGAACUGGCUGCACAGGCGAAGAAGAGGAACAUCGUGCCCGAGAUCCAGGCAGUACCGCCAGCUUUCUUGAUGAACGGGAAUGGCCCACCUGCAGGCGCCGUACCCGUUGCGCCCGCCGGUUUCGACCCCUCGAACGGUCUACCGGUUCCCGUACCUAAUCCUGGAGCCCCUGCCGGAUUCGCUCCCCCUCGAGGACCUGCGCAGUACAAUGCGGUGCCGCCGCCGCACAAUAUGGGAGGACCCGGGGCCGGUCGUGGUCACGUCCUCCCGCCUCCUCCGUCCGGUCUGCCAGCACGUCCGCCCCAAGGCCAGGGUGGUUACACCAACCCUGCCGACUUCCACCCCGGCGCCCCAGGGUUCCGUCCUCCUAGCGGCGGUCCUCCGCCUCAAGGGUUCGCUGCGCCUCCGCCUAACUUUCCCGUCCCUCCCCCGGGCCAGACUGGAACUCCUCCCGCUCCUGCGGGUUUUAUGCCGCCUCCAGGCUUCAACCCGCCCGGUUUCCCAAGGCGAUGA